AUGGGGUUCUUGUUAAAAUCGAAGGUUGCGCAGUAUGUCUCCAAACUGCAGGUCAAAAAUGAGUCCGGAUUGUCGACAGGUCAGCGCAGGCUGAUGAACGCAGAUUUGAAGCCGGUUGAACCUGAGAAACGGCAAUGGGGUCCUUGGAACUAUGUUGGAUUCUGGAUCGCGGACUCCUUCAAUAUCAACACAUGGAUGAUCUCCUCCUCCAUGAUUGUUGCAGGGUUGUCGUGGUGGCAGUCCUGGAUUUGCCUGUGGUUGGGAUACUUCAUUGCUGCCGGAUUUCUGUGCCUGAAUGCCCGAAUCGGCGCCGUAUAUCACAUAUCCUUCCCGGUAGGAAUUAGGGCGUCAUUUGGCAUAUGGGGUUCCAUGUGGCCUAUAUUUAACCGGGCUGCCAUUGCUUGCAUCUGGUAUGGUGUGCAGGCGUGGAUCGGAGGGCAAUGUGUUACAUUGAUGAUUAGAUCCAUAUGGUCUAGUUUCAAGGACUUGCCAAACAGCAUGCCUGAAAGCUCAGGGACAAACACCAGGGAUUUCCUAGGCUUCUUUCUAUUUUCUCUCUUCAGUCUGCCGGUCAUUUGGUUCCCUGUACAUAAGAUACGACAUCUGUUCACGGUCAAAUCCUAUUACGCACCUGUAGCAGGCAUCGCCUUCCUUGCAUGGUCUGUCCACCGGGCAGGUGGACUCGGGCCGAUCGUUCAUCAAAAGAGCACCGCUCAAGGGAGCAAACUGGGCUGGGCUGUGGUGAAAGGGAUUAUGUCCGCAGUCGCAAACUUCUCCACACUCAUCGUCAACUCUCUCGAUUUUUCACGAGUUGCCAGAAAGCCCAAGGAUGCCUUGUACUCGCAACUAUUUACUAUACCAAUCAGCUUUGCGAUCACCUCGUUUACCGGAAUCAUCGUAUCCUCUUCUUCGAGAGUGAUCUCUGACGAAACAAUUUGGAAUCCUCUUGAUCUUCUGGCUGAAUUUCUUAAUGGCGCAAGCAGCGUGGAAAGAUUUGGCGUCUUUUUUAUCUCAAGUGCCUUUGCCUUGGCACAGUUGGGAACCAAUAUCGCCGCCAAUUCGAUAUCGGCGGGAACCGAUAUGAGCGCUCUCUUCCCCCAGUUUCUCACCAUUCGUCGAGGCGGAUAUAUCUGUGCAGCUGUUGGUUUUGCGAUGUGUCCUUGGCACCUCCUUGCAAGCUCUAACAGCUUCACAACCUACCUCUCCGCCUACUCUGUCUUCCUCUCCUCCAUCACGGGCCCCAUGAUCUGCGACUACUACCUCGUUCGCAAGGGUUACAUACAAGUUAAAGAGCUCUACAACGCCCAUAAGCGCAGUCCUUAUUAUUACACCUUCGGUUUCUCAUGUCACGCCUACGCCUCCUACUUCUCCGGAAUCCUGAUCAAUAUUGUCGGCUUUGUUGGUGCGGUUGGCCACAACAUACCUGUUGGUGCUACAUAUUUAUACAAUUUCAACUUCUUUAGUGGCUUCAUAAUUUCAUUCGCGAUGUAUUAUCUGUUGACGAGAAUUUGGCCGAUCCCUGCGACGAGUGGCAGGUGGAAUGAGGUGGAUAUUGAUGUCACGUAUCUGUCUCUGGGUUAUCAUCAGGGAGAAGUUGUUGGAGAUGAAGAAUCGCAGUCAAAGUCACCAUGGGUUGCGGUGAAUGAUGUGCAGGAUGUUGGCCUAAGGCAUGGUCUGAGCAAGAAAGAUACGAAGGCGGUUAAUUUUUGA